CGAGGGAGCGGGAGGGACGCGCCGGGCAUGGUGGGCUCGCGCCGCCAGGAAGAAGCGCCACUAUGAGGCGAGGUGGAUGGAGGAAACGAGCUGAAAACGAUGGCUGGGAAAAUUGGGGUGGGUACAUGGCUGCAAAGGUCCAGAAAUUGGAGGAACAGUUCCGGUCAGAUGCUGCUCUGCAGAAGGAUGGAACUUCAACGGCGAUCUUUAGUGGGGUCUCCAUCUACGUCAAUGGCUACACAGAUCCUUCUGCCGAUGAAUUGAGGAAGCUAAUGAUGUUGCAUGGAGGUCAGUACCACGUGUACUAUUCCAGAUCCAAAACAACGCACAUUAUAGCCACAAAUCUUCCAAACACCAAAAUUAAAGAACUGAAAGGGGAAAAAGUAGUUCGACCAGAAUGGAUUGUGGAAAGCAUUAAAGCCGGUCGUCUCCUCCCGUCCAUCCCAUAUCAGCUGUACACCAAGCAGCCCGGUAUCCCGAAAGGCCUCAACUUUAAUACCAUAUGCAAACCCGAGGAUUCCUUGCCAGGGCCAAGCAAUAGAGCCAAACAGCUCAACAAGAGGGUAAAUCACAUCCUCAAGAAGUUCGAGCCGGGAAAUGAGGUGAAAAUCAAUGGACUGAACCGUUGGAACGAGGAAGAUCCAAGCGCCGAUCUUCCGUCCACGGAGUUGGAGCAGGUACUUCCCGGGCAGAAACCAAACGGAGUUCAGCGUCCCAGAGACAGCACUGCCAUUUUCAAUGGACACACUCACAGCUCUAACGGUGCCUUAAAGACGCAGGACUGCUCAGGGCCCUUGGGUCACCGCGUGGCAAGCAGGCUUUCUCCAACCCCGGCGCCGGAGGAGGAGAAGACGACGACGGCGGCAGGCAGCACUGACUUGAGACCCUGCGCCCUGGAGCAGUUGCCUCAGAGCAACAGGAUUUCAGAAAUGGUGUGGAAUCCACACAGGACUAUGAGUAAUUCAUUCCCCUCGUCACCUUUGCACAGCCACCCUAAAAUAAACGGUGCUCAGCACUCCACUCUUCAGGGGCCUUCAAGCACAAAAAGCACUUCUGCCGUCCCGUCUCUUAGCAAGGCAGUUCCCUCCACGCCGCCCAAGCCUGCAGACGGCAACUUUAUUUCAGACUUUUACUCUCGCUCCCGGUUGCAUCACAUAUCAACGUGGAAAUGCGAACUGACUGAAUUUGUCAACACCUUACAGAGGCAAAGUAGCGGUGUUUUUCCGGGAAGGGAAAAGUUAAAAAAGUUGAAGGCAGGCAGGUCUGCAUCUGUAGUAACCAGCACAGGUAAUGUAUCUGUGUUGAGCUCACCCAGGCAUCAGAGCUGUAUAAUGCAUGUUGAUAUGGAUUGCUUCUUUGUCUCAGUGGGAAUUAGAAAUAGACCAGAUCUCAAAGGAAAACCAGUAGCUGUCACCAGCCACAGAGGGGGAGGAAGGGCACCUUUACGUCCCGGCACGAACCCUCAGUUGGAAUGGCAGUUCUAUCAGAAUAAAAUACAGAAAGGCAAAGCAGUAGAUAAAGUUCCCGAUUUACUGGAUUCAUCAGUGUGGGAGAGUCAGGAUUCUGCACUGACAAACGGAAUUGACUUGGAUGGCACUGUUUUGUCGAAGGCUGAAAUUGCAUCUUGUAGCUAUGAAGCCAGGCAAGUCGGCAUAAAGAAUGGAAUGUUUUUUGGGCAAGCAAAAAAGCUGUGUCCAAACCUUCAAGCGGUUCCAUAUGACUUCCAUGCAUACAAGGAAGUUUCACGGACGAUGUAUGAAACCCUAGCAAGCUAUACUCAUAACAUUGAAGCUGUCAGUUGCGAUGAAGCAUUAGUAGAUGUCACUGAAAUCCUUGCAGAAACCAGACUCACUCCCGACGAAUUUGCAGAGGCUCUCCGAACUGAAAUCAAAGACCAAACUAAAUGUGCAGCCUCUGUUGGCAUGGGUUCCAAUAUUCUGCUGGCUAGAAUGGCAACUCGGAAAGCAAAACCAGAUGGACAGUAUCACUUAAAACCAGAGGAGGUGGAUGAUUUUAUCAGAGGUCAGCUAGUUACCAACCUACCAGGAGUUGGUCGGUCAAUGGAAUCCAAGUUGGCAUCUCUGGGAAUUAAAACCUGUGGAGACCUUCAAUAUAUGACCAUGUCCAAGCUCCAGAAAGAAUUUGGCCCCAAGACAGGACAGAUGCUCUAUAGAUUCUGCCGCGGCUUGGAUGAUAGGCCAGUUCGAACAGAAAAGGAAAGAAAAUCUGUUUCAGCUGAGAUCAACUAUGGAAUAAGAUUUACCCAGCCUAAGGAAGCGGAAGCUUUUCUGCUGAGCCUUUCAGAAGAGAUUCAGCGAAGGCUGGAAGCUGCCGGAAUGAAGGGCAGACGACUGACGUUGAAAAUCAUGGUCCGAAAGGCGGGCGCCCCCGUGGAACCCGCGAAAUACGGAGGUCACGGGAUCUGCGACAACAUUGCCAGGACUGUAAUUCUUGAUCAAGCAACAGAUAGUGCCAAAAUAAUUGGUAAAGCAACCCUAAACAUGUUUCACACAAUGAAAUUGAAUAUAUCUGAUAUGCGGGGGGUUGGGAUUCUGGUGAAUCAGUUGGUUCCGAUCAGUAAAAGCUCUCCAGGUGAUGCCACUCACCCAGCAGCACAAUCUGUCCGUUUUCCUGGUGGAGCCCAUUCCGUCCUUGAUCUCUUCCAAGUUCAGAAGGCCAAGAAACCCGCAGAAGAGGAACACAAAGAAGUUUUUGUUGCUGCCAUGGACCUUGAAAUAUCAUCCGCAUCAGGAACUUUCCUGCCAUCUUUCACUACGCAUCUGACGUCCAGUCUCAGUCCGGGUCUGAGCAAAACGGAGCCUGCAGUGAAAUGGAACGGCUUGCAUUCCCCAGUCAGUGUGAAAUCGAGGCUGAAUUUCAGUAUUGAGGUUCCGUCCCCUUCCCAGCUAGACCAGUCUGUCUUCGAAGCCCUCCCCGCUGAUCUCCGAGAACAGAUAGAGCAAAUGCACGCCAUGCAGCAGGGAGAGGCGCCCGUGGAGAAAAAGAAAGAGCCGCUGAACGGUUGUCACGCCGGGACUCUGCCCCAGCCAGUGGGGACGGUUCUCUUACAAAUCCCCGAACUUCAAGAGUCAAGCAGCGAAGCGGGAGUCAGCGUAAUAGCCCUGCCGGCCCUCUCGCAGGUGGACCCUGAGGUGUUCGCCGCGCUUCCCCCCGAGCUUCAGGAGGAGCUGAAAGUGGCCUACGAUCAGAGGCAGAGGCAGUUGGAAAACCCGCCCAACCAGCAGCCAGCCGGCACGUUGGGGUUAAAAAAUCCUUUACUCCAGUUGAAGCAAGCGUCAGUGAAAAACAAGAAAAGAAACCGAAAAGCCAACAGUGCAGUCAGCCCCGUGAAAGUGGCCCAGAGUCCUCUGAAGAACAGGCCACUCAGUAGCCCGGCUAAGUCCGCAGCGAUCCCCUGUGGGAGCCCCCAGAAGUUAAUCGAUGGCUUCUUAAAACAGGACGGCACAACGGCAAGUAAACCACAGCAGAUGGAGCCGGCUGCCUCGACUUCAACUGUUCCGAGCCCCACCGCCUUGCAGCCUAGACCGCCAGCCCCCAAUCUGGCCGGAGCUGUGGAAUUCAACGACGUGAAGACCUUGCUCAAAGAAUGGAUCACCACCAUCUCAGAUCCCAUGGAGGAAGACAUCCUGCAGGUGGUGAAGUACUGUACUGAUCUAAUAGAAGAAAAAGACCUGGAAAAAUUAGAUCUGGUCAUAAAAUACAUGAAAAGGUUGAUGCAACAGUCAGUGGAAUCUGUCUGGACUAUGGCAUUUGACUUCAUUCUUGACAACGUUCAGGUGGUUUUACAACAAACUUACGGAAGCACAUUAAAAGUUAUCUAAGCCUGGAGAAAGGAGCUGGGGUGGG